AUGCAUGGUCUUGAUGCGCACUCUCCAAAGACCUGGCUUGCCUGGGAGAUAGAAGAUGAUCCUGAUUCUGGAGACGUCAACUGGCUGAGUGAUAAGCACAUGCUACCAUCUUCCAUGCCCUACGCUCGAAUUCUAACCUACGACUGGAAUGCGAAUUAUGACAUUACCGCUUCUAGUGACAGGUUUCUUGGCCAUGCAGAUACCCUGCUUGACCGUGUAUAUGUUCAUCGAGAAGAAUUAUGCCGACUGCAGACCCCUGUCAUAUUUGUAGCAUCCUGUUUCAGCGGUCUCCUAUUAGCCCAGGCUCUGGUUCGGGCUGCAGAUAGAUAUCAUCCGCGUGGCGCAAAAUACCGCCAAAUUCUUGAUUUCACAGUCGGUGUAGCAUUUCUUGGCACUCCUUUCUCAGGCAGCUGGGAAACGGGGUAUACCGUUGCAGACCUUCGUGUCGCUGUCGCGAUUCAAUCUGGGAGCGAAUACAACCGAGAACUGAUGGAGUAUCUACGACAAGGAACAAGGGAAUCGCCAGGCCCGUUAGACGAUCUUGUCCAGAGGUUCAGCGAGAUGAUUCACCAUGAGGACUUCAAAUUCGGAAAGGUUUGCUUUUACGAGACUCGUCAUACCAACUUUUCCGCCUAUAGGAAAAAGCUGCCGGAAGAUUACGCUGCUCGAAUCGAUACAAACGGACAUGGAAUUGUUGUCGCCAGGAACUCCGCCUGCCUCCAGGGAGUAGAGGGAGUUGCCUUGGAUGUCAGACAUAAUAUGCUACACAAAUUCAACUCACCUCACAACGAUGGGUAUAGACGACUGGUAUCAAGACUCAAGGGUUUUGUAGAGAAAACGCAAGAUGUUCUCAGCGUGAAUGGAUACAUCGACGCCUGUUUUGGUGCAGAUAUACGUCGCAAGGAGGAAGAGGAGCGAGACCGCCGUAUCCAAUGUCUGGAGAGCUUAUAUUUCGAUGGAAUUGAUUACGAGCCUAGUAAAAUUCGUGAACCAGGUGAGACAGCCUGCCAAUGGCUCUUGAACGAUCAGAAAUAUUCGGAUUGGCACAAUAAUGGACGAGGUAUCUUCUGGAUCGUCGGAAACCCUGGAAGUGGUAAGAGUACACUCAUGAAACACGCUAUUCACACUUGCCGAGAGACUGCCACUGGAGGCUCAGGACACGUAUUGUCUUUCUUUUUUCACACCCAAGGAGAACCUUUGCAGCAUACAACGGAAGGUUUUCUCCGAGCUCUGUUAUACCAGCUUCUCGAAAAGUUCCCAGAACAGACUAGCACGCUAAGUGGGUUUAAUAUGCGGAAAGUUAAAAAUGCGCAUGGGCCGAAAUGGAAGACGGCGUACUUGAUGCGGCAUCUCGAGGCUUAUCUUGAGAAGGUCGUUGAGCGAUUCGAUCUCCGAGUAUUCGUUGAUGCGCUAGAUGAGUGCAGGUCCGAGGACGAGGAAGGCGAUGACGAGACUCAGGAAAUAUGCGACUUGAUACGGAAUCUUCAAGACAUCGAACAGAGAUUCAGUUCCUUUCCAAAGAAGCUUAGCAUAUGCUUUGCCUGUCGACACUAUCCGAACCUGGCUCGCCCAGGCAUCGACAACCAUAUUAUUGCUGAGCAAGGCAAUAGCGCAGACAUCGAAGAAUUUGUCCACCAAGAGCUAUUGCGAGAGAUCAGUCUGGACGAAGACAGUGGUUUGAGGGAAUCACUCGAGCAAGAGAUAGUGCGGUUAGCUGAUGGCAACUUCCUGUGGGUGACUCUGGUAACAUCCAGAGCUGUUAGUAUGUACCGCAGUGGUAAGCCAGAACUGUUACGAGACGUCCAAAGAAUUCCCAGAAAGAUCACACAGAUUUAUGAGAGUACCAUAAGCACUCUUCUCAAGGAGAACCCAGCCAUGUCACAAAGGCUAUUUCAGUGGAUUUGUUUCGCAAAAAGACCUAUCGAUAUACAAGAGCUUCGAUGGGCUAUCAACAUUGUACCCAAUCCUCUGUAUAAGUCAUUGAGGGAUAUUCCUGGUCCCCUUUGGGGUAAGACUGAUAAAGAAAUGGAGAAAUCAAUUCGGACACUCUCAGGCGGACUCGCUCACGUCGGAAAUUCAGGGAAAGUUGUCUUUAUACAUUUUUCCGUCAAAGACUAUUUACUGAGGUCUGGGUUUUGUAUCCUUGACCCCAGUUUGCAUACCAGUCGAGAAAUUGUGAAGGCUGGCCACGACGUGCUGUUGGCGGCGUGCUUGUGGUCAAUCACAGAAGCUGAUUUGGGAGACUCUUUUGAUACAUGGAUGAAAUUCUUUUCAAGGUCAAUCAUUCGCAUGACCUUGGGAGCUGUUCAACCGGAGAGCGCCAAAGGCCCAAAACUCUAUGGUAUACUGAAGAACUACCUUCCCAAGUCGGGAGAGAGCCCACGCGUCAAAGUUGAAGCUAUGGAGAGGUCGGACCGUUACCUUAUGCAGCAAUACUUGAACCCAAGCAAUCUUCAGGAACUCCGAAAUGGCUACCCACACAGCCAUCGCCAAAUCGACUACACAGGAGAACCUGACGAAUGGCUUGUCAUUGAUGAAAUGAUAUCAUGUUUUCUUGGCUUAGUAGCCUUGAUGCAAAACCUCUCUUUAAAUCUCCAUUUGGGUCUUAUCAAUUAUUCUCAUGAAUAUUGGUACGAUCACGCUCUGCAAUCACUGGAGAAUGGUUCUGGGGGUGCACUCAACAAGUGUCUUGAUGAUUUCUUCUGCCGAGCACAGGAUUCACUCUUUUCUUUUUAUAGUGUUGCUUAUUUCCCACUUGAAAAAGCGGCUGGUCUUCCAGAUCCAAUGGUCCUGAGUGGAAUUCUAAGCAGGGAUAUUGAGAACCACUUUCCCGUGAAUUCUGUUUCCUUUGGGGGUGGUAUCACUGCCUUGAUGGCGGCAUCAGAGAAGGGAUAUCAAGAUAACGUCCGGAUUCUCCUACAGCAAGAGGACAUCCAAGUUGACAUGAAGGACUCCAAGGGACAGACUGCAUUAAUGAAAGCGGUCGGCAGCAAAAGCAAGCCAAUAGUCGAACUGCUUAUCAGCCACGAUGCCAAUAUUGAUAUUCCGGACAGAAAGGGUAUGACUGCUCUGAUGCAUGCCAUCUGUGACGAGCUGGACGAAAUUGUGGAGUUAUUACUCCAAAAUGGCGCAAGACCUCAUGUUAAAGAUACCAGAGGGCUCACAGCGUUCGAUCACGCCAUCGAUAAAGGCAAUGUUGAGCUUUGCCGUCACAUCUUGGAACAUUUGACACAGCCCGAAAGGGUGGAUCUCGUCGACCGAAAGCAUAUGGUCGCAGCAUGCAAAAACGGCCAUGUUGACAUAGUCCGCCUCUUCUUAGAGAACGGAGCCAAAACAGGAAUUCCAGAAUCCCAGUCUCAGUCGAAGUUCCCCUUCUCAGAGUCGGCCCUUGGAAUCGCAAUAGCAGCUGAUCAGCGAGCUGUACUCGAACUCUUACUUGAUCACGAGUCCAUAGACUCAGGGUUUCCAGUCUCGAAACCGAAUUUACUGUGUCAGGCUGUCAGGGAAUGUGCUAUGGAUUGCAUGUUGUCCCUGAUCAUUCACUACGGGUGGGAAAUCGACGAGGUGGAUGAGAAUGGUGACAUGCCGCUCCAUGUUGCUAUCAGAGAGGGUUGGGAUAAUCAUGUAUCCCUCAGCCCCUUCUGUGACAUUAUCAAGACACUUAUUACCCUGGACUGGUCACCCCAGGGUAUUGUUGUGAACGCUCUCAACAGACAGUUGCAAAGCCCCCUGAUGCUGGCAAUUGGAUAUUGUGGCACAGAUCGCUUUGUUCAACAGAUACUAGCCGAUAAGCGAGUUGACGUCAAUAAGCAAGGGCCCACCGGAACAGCUUUGUGGUGUUCAGUAGCCAGGAAGCGGUAUACAAUAACAAAGUGUCUCCUCGGCUAUCCGAAUAUUGACCCAAAUCUAGGUUUGGAAAAUGGCAUCACACCUCUGCAGGCUACAAUUGUUCAUGGCGAUUCGAAAUCAGCCAGCCUCUUAUUGGACCAUAAGAACAUCAGAGUCACUGAGGAGGACAUCCACUUACUUACCACGUUGCACACGGCGUCUGAUGAGGACUUCUGGACAACGCUGCGUGAGUUUACACGCGAGACUGAGCAUCUAUAUGGUCCCAGGACUGUCGAAUCAGUGGAUAAGAGACGGGCUGCUCUUGAAGACAUUCAAAGACUUGUCGAGACAAAGCCUCCAGUAAGAGAGCAGUGUUCCUUGCAGGUUCACCGCCGUUCUACUCCGGAACAGCAAAAAGGGGACGCACUACACUCAUAUACUUGCCUUUUGUGGCUUCUUCUCCCUAAAGAUGGGAACAGCCAGGGCAGAGUUGGAAGGUUGGAAACAGGCAUACAACCUGGAGGCAGGACCUUGCCCAUGUUACUAGCUUCACUCAUCUUUAUCUUUUGCACAUAUACUGUUAUGUUAUAUACCUAA